CGCAGUGUGAUUUGAAAUGCUCGCCAAUCAAAACCAGGCUCCUACAAUUGGAAUCGCUCUCCACUCCUGCCGUUGUUGAUGUCUUUCAUCCAGGGUCAGCUGACUGGACCGCAAGCCCGAAUGCUUGGAAGCCAGUCGCGCCCGCGAGCCCCAUCUUCCUGGCCACCAUUCAUGACCAGCAAACCCUAGAUGCUACGACGCGCGCCGACAUGAGCAGGCUUCUGACAGGUCUCGGACCCUCGACGCUCCAUGCGCAGGGCUUACAUAUCCUGUGGGAGGUACCGGUGGAGCACUUCAAUAGAGCACGCGGCAGAUAUCGAUCUCGCCUUGGGGUGACAGCGACGGGUGUGUCCGGCGUCUCGCGUGCUGCAUUCGCUCGCACAUCUUCAGCGGUGCUACUCGCGCGCAUCACCACUCCGAGCGUUCGGAGAUGGCAACACAGUUCCGCAUGGAUCCUGCCGCCAAAUGCAGAUAUGCAGACAGCUUUAGACUCUAGCGGAAAGGUUCCAGCUGCACCUUAUGACCCGACACCGCUGGCAGGUAGCGCUCCUUCAUACAGAACACAGAUCGUCAUCGUACCGCAAAAGCACAGACGAGGAAGUUCUUGGCCCAGUCACAUCGACAGCGUGUCUCCCUUGUUAUCUGAGCUCUCGAGCAGAAGCAAAGAAGGCGGAUCGCUCGAAGGAUGCAAUGUCAACCUCGCAGAGCUUCUUGGGCCAUCCAAGGAGCUAGCGGCAUGGGAGGCAGACAUUACUUCAGCCGGUGGCGCAAGCUCGACCUCUGCGCCUUUGAGAGAGUGGGAUUCCGCACAGUCCAGGUUUCUGAGAGCGCCUCCGGGGGGCGCAGCGGACGAGGAGCUGUACGCAAUGCUGCUGUAUCGUGAUGGGAAAGCUGCAAGCAUACAGUCCCUUUCAUUCAAGACCCUCGAUCAGGGUUCUCCGCUAGCCACCAAGAUCGAAGACGCUCUUUCUCACGCCAAACGGCAGACAGCUCGAUCACAGCCAGAGGAUGUUUCCGACAUUUUCGUUUGCAUUCACGGUAGCAGAGAUUGCAGGUGUGGGAUAGCGGGAGGUGAGCUUUGCGAAAGGCUCGAGGAGGAGACACGCAAAUACCGGGAACGUACGCUCUUGGACGGCGCCAAGCCCAAAAGGGUUCGGAUCUGGGGCAUUGGGCAUGUUGGUGGUCACAAGUGGGCUGCAAACGCCAUCGUGCAACCUAGCGGUGACUGGUACGGAAAUCUACGCAAUUCUGAUGCACCACUCGUCUUGCGCUCUGCAUUAGCCCCUCCCACAUCAUCCUACGAUUUUGAAGACAAACGCGAAAAGCUGGUUCACUGGCCGAGGUGGAGAGGCCGGCAAGGACUUAGCAAAGAGCAGAUGGCGAAAAAGUACGAGCAUUGGGGCCCACCAACUGUGCAAACUGCAAUCGUCGUUCCCAGAGCGCGAGCACCUGCAGCGGCGGCAAGCGGAGCGUCCAAGUCAGCAACUGGCAGCCAAGACAGCGCCACUGAUCCCGUUGCUGUUGCAGCAUCAUCGUCGGAGCUACAAGCCACUCCUCAAGCACCAAGAGAGAGUGCAGCGACCGGUCAGCCGGUCACUUUGCGUUUCGUCGACUGGCAAGGUGAAGAGUACGAAGUGCACAGUACAGUCGGAGAGACCAUCAAAGAUGCUGCGAAGCGCGCCAAUCUACCCUCCAUCGAGGCUACCUGCGGAGGUGUCUGCGAAUGCGCUACGUGUCAUGUAUACCUAGUGACGCCCACUCGCACUGCAGAUGCCUCACUGACCGUAGACGCUCCGAAAGACGCCGCCUUACCUUUUGCUCCGAGACAACGCUUCUCUAUUCAGUCACCGCCGUCUGCGUCCGCUCUGGUCGACAACCCAAAGGCAACGCCGACGGAUGAAGAACAAGACAUGCUGGAGUAUGCGAUUGGCAGGGAGGAAAGCUCGCGUUUGGCUUGCCAGCUCAUUUCCACGCCUCGGCUUGCUUCUUGGAUGCAAACCCAGAACGGCAGGAUACUCUUGCCGAGGUUCUAACAGAUGGCACUUCGCCAAGUCGCCUCGAGACCUCAUUCUGAUCACCACUCCAUUGCUCUUUUAGAAAUCGUGACAUUGUAUCAUAUGCAGGAAGCGUUACGCGCCAAGACAUCGCACUUGUCCACAAUCAGGGUUGCGGCACCCACGUGAAAAAGUC